AUGCUCGUCUCAAGGACGACAACCAUGCUCCGUGCUGUGCCACGCGCGACAACUCUACAGCAGCCCGCCCUCCGUGGAAUGGCAACGACGUGCCUACUUGCAGCCAAGCCCACAGCGGCACCGACGAUGGCGAUUCGCUACCAGCCCAAGAUUUUACAGUCUCUCGCAUCAGCCCGCUCACCGAUACUGGGUAGCCGAUCAGCCUCAACCACCACCUCAAGGUCCUCCUCUUCACAAGCAGCAGCAACCGACAUCGCCGAGAAGCCCUUAGACUGGAACACCUUCUUCCGCCUGCGCACCCUGCGCCGGCGCUGGCAGCUUGCCUUUAGCGGUCUCAUGUGCGCAGGCAGCGCCGGAGGCGGCGCCAUCUUCCUAGGCUCUGGGUCCCUCGACUCGCUCGUCUCUCAGCUGCCCCUUGACCCGUUCUUCACGCUCGGCCUGAUGACAUUUGGCUUUGCCGCGCUGGGCUGGCUCGUCGGUCCCAUCUUGGGCAGUGCCGCCUUCAACGUGCUGCACAGAAGUACCAAGAGACAGAUGACGCUGAAGGAGAACCAGUUCUUUGCGCGCAUCAAGAAGAACAGAGCUGAGCCGUAUGGAUCGGCCAGCAACCCAGUGCCCGAUUUCUAUGGUGAAAAGAUCCAGAGCGUCGCCGGCUACAGGCAAUGGCUCAAGGACCAGCGCGCUUUCAACAAGAAGCGAGUAACGUUCAUCUAA